CAGAAAUGGGCACAAUUGUGCAUGUUUCUGACCUGCUGAAAAAACGUGCUGCUCUUUAGUAAAGUGCAUAGGGAUGCCAUUAAUUCUUAUAGUGUUACUAAAGCUACAACCAGGGGCGGACUGACAACUCAUGGGGCCCCCGGGCAAUAGGGGAUCAUGGGGCCCCUGUGUCCUUGCCCAAACUCAAAAAAGCCCAUGAAAAAGCCAAUGAAAGGUACCAGGGGCAUCUCAUCUGGCCCCCUACUGACCCCGGGCCUUUGGGCAGUGCCCAAGUGCUCAAAUGGUCAGUCUGCCCCUGCUCUGGACUCAGUGGGC